GGCGUUGCUCUUGUGUUCUCGCGAGAGGCGGGAAAGGGCGCAGGGUUUGAAACAUGGCGGACGACGUAGACCAGCAACAAACUACCAACACUGUAGAGGAGCCCCUGGAUCUUAUCAGGCUCAGCCUAGAUGAGCGAAUUUAUGUGAAGAUGAGAAAUGACCGAGAGCUUCGAGGCAGAUUACAUGCUUAUGAUCAGCAUUUAAAUAUGAUCUUGGGAGACGUGGAAGAAACUGUGACUACUAUAGAAAUUGAUGAAGAAACAUAUGAAGAGAUAUAUAAAUCAACGAAACGGAAUAUUCCAAUGCUCUUUGUGCGGGGAGAUGGCGUUGUCCUGGUUGCCCCUCCAUUGAGAGUUGGCUGAAACAAAGAAUUUGUCCUGUAUGGAAAACAGGAGACUUUGUACAGUGGCCUUUCUAAAUGUACAAAACAUUCAAAAGAGAAACCUGCAUACAUUUUGAUACUAAGAAAUAAUUCUGGGGAUUCUUCCACGCCUGAAAUGAGUUGAUUUGCAGAUAACUCACAACUUCUUAAGUGAAAUGGUAUUUUCAUUUUUCUUAAGCUCUUCCAAUAAAUAUGACCACCAAGAUGCAGAA